AUGACCAGUGCAGGAACUGACCGAGAUCAAGGACUAUUGGCACUGAUAAGAUCGGUUGGUGCAAGACUGUUUUACGCAUCAACCGUAACUUUUCACAAUGAACAAGAAAAAGUAGACGAAGAAACAGACUUCCUUGUUGGAAAACUCGGGAAAAACGACAGCAUUAUCUGCUCCUAUCUCACAGAACCAAUACUUCAAGAGUUAGGAAAACUCAAAACCGUGAGAGGUUUCACACUUAAAGAUGGAUUACGCCGUGGAAUUCGCGAGAAAGACAAGAUAGGAAUUCUUGCUGGGGAUGAGGAAUCAUACGUGUUAUUUCAAAGCGUUUUUGAUCGGCUAGUCAGAGACAUUCACAGAGUUGGCGCGGAUCAUCUACAAACGACAAGCCUUUGUGUAGACGCCCCUAACAAUUUUUUGCUUGAUAAACCACAAGUGCUCUCCUGUAGAUUACGGGUGCUCAGGUCUUUAAAAGGUGUUCCAUUCUCCUGGUUCUGCACCAGAGACCAAAGACUUUUUGUCGAGGCAAUCGUGACAGGAGUUUUGGAUAAACUAAAAGGUAGGUGUAGCCUGCAAGCAAGUUUAUACAGUCCCCUCAAUAUUUUUUCACGACAUGAAAUAAAAUGGUAUCAUCCAAUGACAAAAAAAUCAGUUUUCACUCGCGCGGAGUUCCGUGAAAAUGAAAACCAGUCUCUUCAUGUUGAAAACGGAUGGCGCAAAUGCGAAAAAAAAGGCGGGAAAGGCUGACCACGUGGUCCCUCCGAUUUGAGAGCAUUGGCAAAAGCAACAAAUUUGAUAUUUGAUUUAAUACUUAGAUUAAAAACCCAACAAAAGUUUUUUUUUCUAAUACCCCUCAACCUUCUAGAAAAUUCCAAUCAAGCUUCCUACCAUUAACUACUUUUCUGUCCCCCCUCCCCCACAGAAAUCUCUGAUUCCUUCUGUGUGUACGAUGAAACAUGGGGCAAAUACGCGCUGCAGAAAGGUUGCUUUACGGCUGCAUGUUAUUCCCAAUCGCCUAGGCUUGUAACUGAUCGCUAUUUGCAUUUCAAUUCUGAAAAUUAGACAAUCUUCAGGGUAAAUACAUUCCUCUUAGCCGGCUUCAAGACCAGGAGCUCGAACACAUUCUUGAGGUCCAUCACUUGUUUUUAAAGCAACGAUGUUUUACAAACCGCGUGUGGAAAGAAGGGCGAGGUAUAUGGUAUGACGUUAAAAACCGUCUGUUGGUUGUGGUAAACGAGGACGAACACAUUAAGGUUAUUUGCCAGAAAUUUGGUGGUGACCUAUGGGCCGUGUUGUCAACUCUGAAAGGAUUGCUUAUUGAGAUAGAAAACUUCCUUGGCAAGGAUGGAUACGAGUUUAUGCGAACGCAUCACUAUGGAUACCUGGUUUCCAGGCCUCUAGAACUUGGCACCUCACUUCGUGUAAGCGUCAAUGUGAAACUACCUUUAACUGCAAAGGUGAUGAUA